AUGUCAGACACUGAGGAUGUCAGCUAUUCCCGCGAGGCCACGAUUGCCGCCAUCACCGACUACUACACCUUCCUCACUCGGAUGUACAUGAACGAGCACCAAAUCAUCUACCCACCCGCCGAUGGCUGGCCAUCCAUCGUCAACGCCGACCCCAACAAGCUCCAAGACCUGGGCAAGUCGGACGAGGUCCUGUCGCUGCUGGCCCAUCUUCCCUACAUCCGCUGCCCCGGCAACUGGAGCCACGACGCAGAUGCUAUCCCUGGCUCGUCUUUCGCCGACUGGCCAGACCUUAUUACACUGCUCGUCCAGGGCAAGAUCACCGGGGAGGAACUGCGCAGCUGUACAGAGGGUGUUUCGUUUGCCCAUGUGUCGCCUCCGCAUGUUGUCGGCCUGGUGAUGGGCACACACGAGGACAGCCCUGCCAUCUUGCUCGACAUCGAGCUCGGCAUUGUUCAGUGGGAGAAUUACACUUGUCCCGACGAUAUUGGAGAGAAGUGGUCGCAAGUGGAUUGGGAGGAACUGAAAAAGGAUCUGCUGGAUGUAGAUUAUCUGGAUGAUGAGGUGCCCCAGGAAGAGGCCCGCUGGCGCUAUAGUGCAGCAGCGUGGGCCAUCCCUGACUUCUUCGAGGUCCUCAAGGACGAGUUCAGGAGCUUGAACUGGAUUCCUAUCAGCCCUCACACCGUGGCGCGCAGCAAGGAAGAGCUCCAUAACGAGGUCGGCAUGAGGUCCAUGGUGAAAGAGAUCUACCGGCAACAUGGCUGGCCCGAUCUGGCAGCCUACCGCAAGACGGAGUGCCUGCAAGCUGUGCGGAAGGCCCUGGCCGAGAACUUUCCUGACUCUGUGUGUACUCGAGGGUAAUCAAGAACCUGUACGGAUCCGUACCUAUGUAGCAUUCAUCAAGUAGAGCCAGGAUGCUGUUCGGUUUUCGGGACGUUAUGUACCUGACUCAUGUUGCAACCGG